CGUCCUUUGCGUUGUCGUGACGUCAGGUCAGCUGAUCGCUGCUGCACCAAGGAGAAAGAUGUCGCUGACAAACAGUCGAAGGAUGGAGGCUGUUUUCUCCGCAGUGUUUGCCCUCUGCUUUCUACUCACCACCGGUGUACAUGGAGACAGAUUAAAUGUGCUGCAGUCUCCAGAGUUUGUGUCCUUCCAGAAAGGAGACUGGCCUGUCUCUGGGGAGAAGAUCCCUGACCUGGUGGCUUUAACCAUGGGCUUCUCUGUUGAGGAGGAUCUGUCCUGGCCGGGCCUUCAGGCUGGUCCGUUGUUUCAGCGCCCCCGUGCUAAUGUACUGGUGGUGGUGAGAGGAGUCGACAGCCUGGACCUGCCUCAGAGUGUGGCCUCCUACCCCUUGGAGAACCCCGUACCUUUCACACUGGAUAGUGUUGCAGAGACGGUGCACUCUCUGUUUGCUGAGGACACUCCUGUAGUGCUGCAGCUGGCCCCCAGUGAGGAGAGGUUGUAUAUGCUGGGCAAGGCCAAUGCUGUGUUUGAGGACCUACCAGUCACCUUGCAGCAGAUCCGUGCCCGUCUGUCCCAAGAUGGGUCCGUGCUCGCUUCCCUACCGCUCAACUCCCUCAGCAGAAAUGCGGAGGCUGAUUUGCUCUUCCUGUCCGAGGUCCAAGUGCUGCAUGACAUCACAGCUCUGCUGCAGAGGCACCGACAUUUGGCGAAGGACCACUCUCCUGACCUGUACUCGCUGGAGUUGUCCGGCCUUGAGGAGCUCAGCAGGCUCUAUGGUCAAGACUCUCCUCAGUACCGCGACGCCACGGCCAUCCUCGCCUCUGUUCUGCAGAAAUUUGGAGAGGAUGUGUAUGGUCUCUAUGGCAACAGCGCUGUGGUGGAGGUUGUUACAGUUAAGACCUUUGAGGCUCCACUGACCAGGAAGUCCCGUUCGAUCCUGGAAUCCAGACAGAUUAGUAACCCUGGCAGCCCUUACAAUCUGGCCUACAAGUACAACUUCCAGUAUGCUGUGGUCUUCAACAUCGUGCUGUGGCUGAUGAUCGCUCUGGCCCUCGCCGUCAUCGUUGUCUCUUACAACCUGUGGAACAUGGACCCAGGAUACGACAGCAUCAUCUACAGGAUGACCAACCAGAAGAUCAGGAUGGACUAAGUCCUGACCAUCAACACUCCAGCUUUCCUCUUAGAUCUCUCUAGUGAAUGUUUGUGUUUUGUGUGAGGUCUUGUGUCGUGAAAUAACGGUGACAGCUUGAUGGGAGGAGCAGCUUAAUACUGAGUCACCUCUUUGUUUACAGCGCUGGCAUGAUAACGGACAAAAAACAUCAACAUUACAUUAGUUGGUUCUGAAAUUUUCAACAGAAAUAAUCCUCCAGUGGUCUAUACAGUGAACAAAUUCAGACUUCCUCCCGUCAAUCUCAGCUCACAUCAUUCCCUCCGACUUUAACUCCUCACUAUCAUUUGUUUCCCUGGUGAUUGCAACUGUCUUUUUUUAUUGUAAAAAAAAUAUUGUAAUGAUACGAAAGAAUGAGUCCAUCUCUUGUGUGAAAUUGUUGUGGUUGUCUUGCUGUGUGAAUCUGUUUUAAGUUAAAUAAAUCUAUGUGUAUAUAUUGAAUAUACAAAUGCAACUGUAUGAAGAACUGCUGUACUGUUAUUGUGAAAAAGAUUUGCGCAGUGUUUAUUCCAUGUAGGUUUCAACAUGCUUCAAUUGCAAUUGAUAAACACAUAUUGGUUUACAUGAAUAGUUGAUCAUUGUGUUCCUUGUUAGGAUUGGCACGGAUAAAUGAAGCUCUGUGAAUUGCAAUAAAAAUGCCUAAAGAAUGAAUAAAUUAUUACAUGGAUUACCCUGA